AUGACAGCUCUCAAUGGGGGCGAGGUGUCGCUACCCUCCAAGAUUCCCUUCUGGCGCUUAAUAUUCGAUCAGAAGGUGAUCACCGAAGAAGUAGCCCGAUACUCCUACGCGGGUUCUGGCACUGAAGAUGAUCCUUACGCCGUCGUCUGGAUCCCGAAUGAUCCUCGCAACCCGAUGAACUUCCGCCCCGUCAAGAAAUGGGCAAUCACAAUUCUUGUCUCAUUCGUUACCCUCGCAGUCGCCUUGGUAUCAUCUGCAUACUCAGGUGGAAUGAGCCAGAUCAUCGAGGCUUUCGGUGUGGAAGAAGAAAUUGUCAUCCUUGGAGUAUCGCUCUUUGUCUUGGGAUUUGCCAUCGGUCCUCUGAUCUGGGCACCGCUCAGUGAGAUGUUCGGUCGUCGCCAUAUCUUCACUAUCAGUUUUGCAUUCCUGACGGCUUUCAACGCAGGUGCCGCAGGAUCCAAAAACAUCGAGACUCUCAUCAUCCUCCGUUUCUUGGCUGGCUGCUUCGGGUCUUCGCCAUUUGGAAAUGGAGGCGGUACCAUUGCGGACAUGUUCCCGGCUGCGCAGCGUGGUAUUGCGAUUAGCUUCUUCGCUGCGGCGCCUUUCUUGGGUCCCACUAUUGGCCCGAUCAUUGGAGGCUUCCUUGCUACUGGAGCAGGCUGGCGCUGGGUCGAGGGAUUCCUCGCUGCUUUCUCGGGAGUGCUUUGGCUAUGCGUUAUCUUCCUGCUUCCAGAGACCUACGCCCCGGUUCUUCUCCGUCGCCGAGCUGCCAAGCUCUCUGAGAUGACCGGACAGGUAUACCGCAGCAAGCUCGAUAUUGAGCGUGGGCCUUUGCCAAUGGGCAAGACACUCAAAACUGCCCUCUCGCGUCCAUGGAUCCUCUUAUUCCGUGAGCCUAUCGUGCUUCUCUGCUCGAUCUAUAUGGCGAUUAUCUACGGAACGCUCUAUAUGCUUUUCGCCGCUUACCCGAUCGUGUUCCAGGAAGUUCGCGGCUGGAGCGAAGGCAUAGGCGGUCUUGCUUUCCUGGGCAUUCUAGUCGGAAUGCUCUGCGCCCUUGCCUACACCUUCCCAGAAAAUAAGCGCUACGCAAAGAAAUGCGCCGAAACAACCGACAGACUCGCACCAGAACUCCGACUCCCUCCUAGCAUGGUUGGUAGCAUUGCCCUCCCAAUUGGACUCUUCUGGUUCGCCUGGACCAACUCUCCCAGUAUCCACUGGAUGGUAUCUAUCGCAGCCGGUGCCCCCUUCGGAUUCGGCAUGGUCCUCGUCUUCCUGAGUGUGUUCAACUACCUCAUCGACUCAUACACAAUCUUCGCUGCCUCGGUGUUAGCCGCCAACUCAGCGCUCCGUUCCCUAUUGGGUAUGGCCUUCCCACUUUUCACAACAUACAUGUAUGAAAAUCUGGGUAUCCACUGGGCGUCUUCUAUCCCUGCAUUCCUGGCUCUGGCCUGUGUGCCAUUCCCAUUCGUCUUCUAUAAAUACGGAGCUCAGAUUCGCCAGCGCUGCACCUUUGCUGCUGAGGCGGAUGCAUUCAUGCGCAGACUUGCUGAGAAGAACCAGGCAGCGCCGCAGACGAAGGAAGAAGAGAAAGGGACAGAGGCUGCCCAAGAGGCGGAUAUCGCCGACGAUAGCGAUACUGAGACAGUGUCUACUGUCCCAUCGCGUAUAAGCAUUGGCCGACGCAUGUCUCGCGCUUCGCGGGCUUCUCGCCAAUCUGGACGAUCAUUGCAUCGUGUUGCGACUGCGACGCAGUAUGAGGAAAACCCUUAUGACCUGGACUUGGUCAAUACCCGACAGUCGGCCAUCAGUGGCCAUGGUCACACCAAAAAUUGA